UUUUAAUUCAUUAAGCAAAUGUCUAUUUGAUAAGUAAAUACAUAGAGUAAGUGUCAACUCAAAAUUGAAAUGAGCUGAAUAGAGAGAGAGAGAGAGAGAGAGAGAGAGCCGAAGUGGCAUAAUAGUUAGUUGAGAAGAAAGCAAGAGAGACCGGGUGUUAUUACCAUAAUUUAAAGGGUGGUGGGGAGGAUUGGUGUUGCUGUAUAGAUAAGAGACUUCUGUUUACUCUUCCCUUCCCUUUCCUUUCCUUCCUUCUCUUCUUCCCUAUAUUUCAAUCUUCUUCUGCUUCUUCUUCUUCUUCUUCCUCUCCUAAUUUUACAUACAAAGAAAGAAAGAAAGAAAGAAAGAUAAAAGGAAGAUGGGAAACUGUCAAGCCAUUGAUGCUGCGGCCUUGGUUAUACAGCACCCAGAUGGGAAAAUAGAAAGGUUGUAUUGGCCAGUUACUGCUACUGAGGUUAUGAGAAUGAAUCCUGGUCAUUAUGUUUCAUUGAUUAUACCAUUGCCUCCUGCACCUGAAGAAGAUCAUAAGUCUGUCCGUUUUACCAGGGUUAAGCUUCUUAGGCCUACUGAUACUCUUUCUCUCGGCCAUGCCUAUCGACUUAUCACUUCUCAAGAGGUUAUGAAUGUCUUGAAGGCCAAAAAAUAUGCAAAGACAAAGAAGCUGCAACAGGAAUCAGUUGAAAACUUCCAGAUAACUCAGGAGAAGCAGAGUUCAGGCUCCGAAACAGAACCCAAAACCCACAUGGAUAACAACUACCAGGCGCUGAAACAGGAAAGACUCCGCCCAAGAACAGCAUCACUGACGCCUGCUGCAAUGAGAUCAAAAUCGUGGCGGCCAAUGUUACAAAGCAUCUCAGAGGCUGAGAGCUAGCUGAUGCAUAUUUCAAGUUUCAAAUUGUGACAUGCAUGAUGGCAUUUUAAAAAUUUAAUGAACAGCUUAUUUUCCAUUUGCAGAAGCUCUUCAUGCAUGAACUUCCUCAAACAAAAAAUAUAAAUUCAUUUAAACAAUGGAGGUGGGGGCCAAAAGUUUCUAAAUCCUUGCCACAGAAAGCCCCAGAUUCAAACAAAAUAUUCGAGUAAUAAGACAUCUGUAUAGCUUCAAAAAGAGCAGUGAAUGAAUGUUAUAAGCAGUAUGUUGUGAUGAAA